UGAGCUCUGAGGCUCAGCGUUGGCCGGGCCCGCUUCGGGGUGUGCCGUCGCGGGAGGAACCCACGUCCCGGGCCGAGGCUGCCCCGGGACUGCUUUUAGUCAGCACAAACAUGGCUGCGGCCCUGAGAUCUGCGAGCGUCCUGCUCCGAGAUCGGCUGGUGUGUGCUGGCCCAAGGGCUUGUCAGCCAUGGAGGUGUCAGUCGGGUGCAGCCACAGCCGCCGCCGCCACAGCCACAGAAACAGCCCAGCAUGCCAGAAGCCCCAAGGCUCAAGUUCAACCGGGAAACAGGAAGCCGAAAACUGGAAUAUUAAUGCUGAACAUGGGAGGCCCUGAGACAGUCGGGGAGGUUCACGACUUUCUCCUGAGGCUCUUUCUGGACCGAGACCUCAUGACGCUUCCGAUUCAAAAUAAGCUGGCACCAAUCAUUGCCAAACGCCGAACCCCCAAAAUUCAGGAGCAGUACCGCAGGAUUGGAGGUGGGUCUCCCAUCAAGAUGUGGACUUCCAAGCAAGGAGAAGGCAUGGUGAAGCUGCUGGAUGAGCUUUCCCCGCACACAGCUCCUCACAAGUUCUAUAUUGGAUUCCGGUACGUCCACCCUUUAACAGAAGAAGCAAUUGAGCAGAUGGAGAGAGACGGGCUUGAGAGGGCGAUUGCUUUCACACAGUAUCCGCAGUACAGCUGCUCUACCACAGGCAGCAGCUUAAAUGCCAUUUACAGAUAUUAUAAUGAAGUGGGAAAGAAGCCCAUGAUGAAGUGGAGCACGAUUGACAGGUGGCCCACACAUCCGCUCCUCAUUCAGUGCUUUACAGACCACAUUCUGAAAGAACUGGAUCGUUUUCCACCUGAGAAGAGACGUGAGGUGGUCAUUCUUUUUUCUGCCCACUCACUGCCAAUGUCUGUGGUCAACAGGGGGGACCCCUAUCCUCAGGAGGUGGGCGCCACUGUCCAGAGAGUCAUGGAUAAGCUGGGUUACUCCAACCCCUACCGACUGGUUUGGCAGUCAAAGGUGGGUCCGAUGCCCUGGCUGGGUCCGCAAACAGACGAGGCCAUCAAAGGGCUUUGUAAGAAGGGGAGGAAGAAUAUCCUUUUGGUUCCGAUAGCGUUCACCAGCGAUCACAUUGAAACGCUCUAUGAGCUGGACAUCGAGUACUCUCAAGGGCUAGCCAAAGAGUGUGGAGCUGAAAACAUCAGAAGAGCAGAGUCUCUUAAUGGAAACCCGCUGUUCUCUAAGGCCCUGGCCGACCUGGUGCACUCGCACAUGCAGUCCAAGGAGCUGUGCUCCACGCAGCUGACUCUGAGUUGUCCGCUCUGCGUGAACCCCGUCUGCAGGGAGACCAAAUCCUUCUUCACCAACCAGCAGCUGUGAGCCGGGCCAGCGCACCGGUGGGAUCAGGCGAACGCCCAGCCCCCUGCCGCCUCCGAGGGAGGUGGAGGAGGGUGUAUUUAGCGAUCAACGGAGGAAGUUACAUUAGCUGAGUUACAGCCUUUGGCCACCGAUUGUGUGAUUUCUUGAGGAAUGGACUCUGAAAUCCUUAUUGAGGGCUUUUUAUUUAUAUAGACCAAUACAGUAAGCAUUUAUAUUCCCCCUCUCGAGCUGAAGUUACUAGUCUGGAAUAUCCACUUGAAAUGAGUUUUAAAAAUUUAUCUUAUGAGACGCACAGGUACUUUCAAUACCGAUUUUGGUUUUAUUGCGCAAAAAAUCCCCUGCAAGGGUACAGAGUCCCCUCUGUGGGCUGUCACUGUGAAGGAGAUCUGUUCACAGUCUCAUCCUUAUUGUUUUGUGAAGUGAACUUAGUUGAGUAAGUAAAAUAUAAUUUGCAAAAAGAAAUGUUACCUCCUCCUUCCCUAGGCCAGUGGCAGAAUGCCGGGCAGGUGAUAUGGUUGCCUACACUGGCUGCUUUUCCGGUGAUGUCACUAUUAAUUGGUCAUUUUGGUCCUGGUGUCUGGACCUCACCUUCCUCACCAUUGAACCGAAUCAGGUAUAGAUUCAAAAGUGCUUUGAGAUUCCCCAGGCGCACAGGGCUGAAAAAUGUGUAGGAAUCCAUGCGUUGGUGUGAAUCAGUGGUGCCAUGAGAAAGGGGUCUCCGGCUGCUUUUUGUCUCCAGGGAUGGGGAAACACUGAUGAAGGGUUUCGUGUUCAAGCUUCUCCCAGGACCUUGCCAGCCUUUCCUUUGAGCAUCUUCUUCAUCUUGCUUGAAUGUCCCCUUUCUGCAUAUUUGUUUGAAGGAUUAUUUUAAAAAGUCAACUAUGUUGUGUAACCUCAAAUUCUUUCUUAAUUUAUAAUUUUUAUUACCAAAAUUAUAUAACCAAGCUCUAGGAAAUUUGGAAAAUAGAGAAAAGGAAAAUAGCUGUCUGCAACAACUGUUAAUCAUAUUAUUGUAUUUCAUGUCCGUCUUUUCCCCUGAACAUUUUAGAUGCCAUUGUAACCUUGAACUUGUGAGUGAAAAGUUGUUCUAACAGUAUUAGAAUCGGAUUUUCUACACCUGGAUUUAAAUGGACUAAAAAAAUCUCUGUUGGAUCCAUGAUGAAUUUGUAAUAAUUAUUUUCUCUUUCUUUUAAUCCCUAAAACUUUGUUCUUCAAAAGAGCGUUUCUUUGAUUUUUUUUUUUAAAGCCAGUUCAUAAAGUGAAAGUAUUAGAGGAGUCAUAGAUCUUCUAUAUUCAGGAUUUACUAUAUUAAUAAAUAUUAUUACAUCAUUAAA